AUGGUUUGGGCUGCUGCGGGAACCGCUGUUCCUUUAAAAUUCUACAAGGAGAAACACGACGAAAAGAUUUUCCAAGCUCGAGAAGAAAUUUCGAAAACUAUGGUAGUCCAAGGAAUUCCGGGAUUAUCGAUUGGCGUUUCAAUAAAAGGAAAAACUGUCUGGAAAGCUGGAUUCGGCUACAGUAACAUCGAAAGUUCAGCAAAAUGUACAGGUAAGAUUUUUAUUAAUUCAAUGCAAUAUUAUUUCCGUCUCUUGAAUCCCUUUUUGAAUUUCGGUUUUUAA